AUGCCUCAGCUGGCGGGCAUUGGUCUUUGCGUUGUCAACUUAAUGGACGACAUGCAGGAAUAUACGCGAGGACUCUUUCUCCUAAUGUACUGUGGCCCGGCUAUAUUGCUCUCCUACCUGUACAUUCGCACCUCGCAGGAGCUGCGUCCGCCCGAAGGACCUUUUGCUGUGAUGAUGUACGAGCAUCGCGCGGAUUUAAGGAUGCGCCAGAGGAACUCAUCCACAUCUUCGGUGGAGCCGCGGCAGUUGAGUGGCGGUGGUGUUGCCGGUCUGAGCAAUGGUGGAGGAAGCUCAUCCCGUUCCUAUGAUCUCUACAGCGCCGAAUUGGAUGUCCAUCGGGAGAAGCGAAAGCAGCGUAAUUUUGGGAGCAUGGCCGCCACUCAGGUGGUGUGCAUGUGUCCUUUGAUGAUCCUUAGAUUUGCCCGUCUCUCGCUGGAGGAGACCUACGAGAACAUGAAGCACUUUGAUUUCACCUACCUGAUGUUCGUUUGGGUGGCCUUUCUGCCCACCGUCAUCUUUCCUUGCAUCUAUGCCUCGCAGAUAUUGCCCAGAGAUGAGCAAGAGCGUCUAAGGGGCUACUUCCGGCUCUCAUCGAAGAGGAAACAAAAGACGCAGCGACGAAGUGAUGCCACUGGCGGUUCUCGCGAGGAUUCCAUAGAGAAGGAUGAGGCCUCCAAUACGACCAGUGCCCACCAUGCCGCCUCCAGUGAGCACGGCCAGAAGCAUGCCCCCAAGAUGCGUUACGAGCGGGAGAGGCAGCAGGGACAUGGCUCCUCCUCCUCGGGCGGCGAUCGCUACAGUGGAGCACCCUAUCGACAGGGCAAGGAUCGGGACAGGGACAGGGACAGGGAAAGGGAGAGGGACAGAGAUAGGGAUAGGGAAAGGGACAGGGAUAGGGAAAGAGAGCGGCAAAGGGCAGGAGGACGUGGAGCAGGCGAUGCCGGUGUGGUCAACAAUCUGGGCAAAGAUGUGCGCGGCAAGAAGCACGAUGUCAAAAUCAACAUCAUCUCGGAUGGAGGCCAUGGAGGCGGUGGCACCACUACCACCAGUAGCACCACACACGGCCAUGGACACCGCAAGCAGGCAGUGAGCAGCAGCAGCAGCAGCAACAACCACCGGAGUCGCAACAAUCCUGGACAGCGUCCACAUGGCAACAAGCUAUCCGCCGCCGCUGCCGCUGAUGGUUUGUCCAAUGUCACCGCCUCCACAUAUUGCAAUGGUAACGGCAGUGCCACGGGCAAUGUCCUCAUCCCGGAUGACAGCAGCACCAGCAACUAUGGCGAUGGCGAGGAGAGCUCCGUGGUGAGCAGCAUGAUGGUGCCGCCGCAACGCUGGCCGGGAUCGGGCUCGGGAGCGGGACAAUUGUUGCGACAUAAGGACGUCUCCUUCAGUGAGUGCAGCAGCAGCACCUUCUCGUCGAGCACCCUGGACCGGGAUCUGGAGAUCAUGGACCAGCUGGAGCGGGAGCGCAGCAUGGAUAUCCAGGAGAUGCUGCAACGUGAGCGGGAGCGGGAAAAGCUUCGUGGUGGCGUUGGUCGCCAAUUGCCGGACAUUGAGAAGCUCUACGCUCAGCGUUCGCCCAAAGGUAAGCGGGGUGAGGCAGCUGGAGCUGGACUUGGAACGGGUCUGGCCCUGGUCAUGCCCGGCAGUGAUCCUUUGAGCAGCCUCUCACAGUCCCAGUCCCUGUCCACGGAGUACAGUCUGUGCUCGACACUGGAGCCUCCUGGCUCCGUACUUCCCGAGGAGGAGGUGUUGCGCCAGCAGCAUCUGGAGGAACUGGAGGAGGAGGAAGUGGUGCCACCGGAUUUUUACGAUAGCUACACUCCUGGUGGGGCACAGAAUCUGCCUCCGAGCUCCGCUACAUCCGCCGCCGCUGCCGCUGCCGCUGCGGCUGCUGCAGUUGCUCCGCCCGCCUAUCAGUAUCAGUACAGUCGCAGCCGUUUGAGCCGCAAGAGCUCCGGCUCUGGAUCCGGCCAUCAUAGUCACGGCCGUGUGGGCACCGGCCAUCAUCAUGGCCAGCAUGGCGGAAUGGGUGCAGGAAUUGGACGUGGCUCCAAGCGGGACAGCUUCAACUCGCUGAAUGGCACCGAUCUCAUUGCCGGCGCCUUCUGCGAGCUGGAUCCAACGCAGCCGCUGAACAAGAUGGCCGUGAUCGAGGGCAGGAUGCGGCGGAGUAGUCCACGCAAUGCCAGCUUCAGCUCCGGCUCGGGCGUAUCCGGACGGAGUUCGAUGAAGUCAUCAUCGCGGGACUAUGACUACGGUCAUGGCUCGUCCUCGCACUCGGCGCAUCCGGAGCUGGACUUCAGGGAGAACAUAUUUGCGGAGCUGUAAGUGGGUUUAUAUAGAAGAUAUAUCUCAAGAGAUCUCUAGAGAUCCAGGUAGAGAAAGGGAGAGAAGGAAACGAAAAGCUUUAGCAUGUUGUUUGUUGAGGGCAGAAGCAGUUUUUCAGGACACACAGGACUCCCAGGAUUUUGCAGCUGGAUGUGUUGUUUGUCUAGUUUUUUUUUUUUGUAAGGAUAUAGAACUU